UCAUGGACGCCAAAUGUAUGUUACUCUAUAACUUGGGUGUAAUGUCGAAGGUAUUUCUUGAUUACAUUGAAAAUGUGUAAAGCGUUUGUUCUUCGAUUUGUGAUUUUAUUUUAUUGUUAAUGCACAUGUAGAGAAAGAGAUGGCGCCAGUGUGAUGCAGUCUGACUGUAGCCGUUACCUCCACUCUGUGUCUGAUUUAUACGCAGCUGACGAAAUAUCAGUCCUACUGGAGGAAAUACGGGAACUGGAGCCGGCGAGUUAUCGUCCGGAGGACCUUCAAGACUUCGAGAUAGCGGGCUCACAGACAGGUGGAGCCCUAGGGGGAGGCAGUGAAACACCUGGUGAUGUGGGGACGGUGCGAUCGUGGGACUCCCAUGCCAACUACAAGCACCAUCUGCCUGGGUCCUCUCCCACACAUUCCAUCUUCAGCGGUGUGGUGCUUUACUGUGAUGAGACGCACCUGAAGAGUGGUACAGGCAUCAUACGGCUGCUGCUUGUCAUAUCUUCCAUCGCCUGUCUGGCUUGCCUCUGUUCUUCUGGCACAGUCAAAGUUGGCCUCUUCAUGCUACCACUGAUGGGCCGGUUGCGCCUCAUGAUGUUUGUUACCAUCUUCAGUCUUCUUGUUACCUGUCUCUUCUUGUUUCUUGACAUAUCUCACGUCGUCUACCUGUUCCCGUUCAACUGGGGAAAACUGAAUGCUUUCUUCUAUGUAAGCAUGAGUAUUCUGUACUUAAUAAGCUCCUCGCUAGUUUUACAUCUACUGCAUGCGUACUCCGAGACCUAUCCCUGGGUGCCAAAGUGGACACGUGAUCAACUUUUCAUCACCUCGUGCUUGGGCUAUGUGUGUGCACUGGAGGCUCUGGUACUCUCUAUGUUGACAAGAUGUGAUGGUGGGCAGUACAGCCCUGUGGAUGAGGACCCCAGCACCAUGACACUUCAGGAGCGGCCACCCCCGCCUUCUCCCCCUCGCCCCUCAGCCCCUGCCCACUGGCCUGUGGACGAUGUGCAGCCCUGCAGUUCCAAGCAGUACCACCACUGACACCAUAACGCACACACUGGACUCAGCUAGAUUUUUUCACCCCUUGACCUCUAGAUGAUAAAUGUGUUUCUGUUGUAGCACUCUUUCAGUGUAUAACAAAUUUCCUUUUAUUUACUUGAUCAACGCACUCUGUGUGAAAUCCAACUAUUUAAUUCAGUGCAUGCUUACCGUGUUCAAUGUCAGAAGAGUCCAAUUCACAACAAACUGCAGAGUGGAAGUUCUCAAGACCAACAACAAAUAACAGGAGUUAUUGGGGUCAUAAAGUUCAAGUCAAUAUUAUUUAUUCACAAUUCAUUCAGUCAAAUUCUUCACAACUGAAGAGGUUGACAAGAUUUCCCUUUGUGUCCACUCUGAUGUUCUUUGAAGUGAAUUCUUCUUAUUUUGAAAAAAGCAAAAAGAAACUUAAAUACCUUAAGUUUUAUGUUAAACGAGUAGUUAAUAGGUAACCAUAUAAUUUUAAAAUACUACCAUUUCAAAUUUGUAAAAACUGCUAGAAAUAAUGUCAACAUUUAAACUAAGUAAAUAUUAUGAUUUUAUUUUUUUUUUAAUUCAUUUAAAAUUUGUCAAUAGAAGAAGUUUUUUUCGAGGUAACAAUUCGUCUUCUCUAUUUGGCAUGUGAAAUGUGUUAUUUUGAAUAAGAGAUUGGGAAACCAAGUAUAAAUAUAUGUUAGAGUUUUAUACUAAUUAUAAAGUAUUUUUUAGUUUGAAGAUAAAUGUAUUGGUUGACUUAAUCAGGGGACUUGUUAGUUGAGAGGGAUCAGUUACUGUCUUCUUAUGUAAUUGAAAAUUGAAACAGUUGUUUAGCAGUAUAUAAAAUAUCUGCUUAAAUUAUGUAUCUUUUUAUCUUUCCCAAAACAAGAAAAAUACACCUGCCAAAUAGAAAAAAUAGGUCUGCUAUCUCCAUUCUUUCUUACACCUCUUACAUUUGUUUCUAGCUUUGUGCUUUAUUCAUUCAACUUAUAUUUUAUUAACUGUAAACCUGCAAUACCUCUAUGAAUUGAAGGGAAUUUUGUAAUUAAUUUGAAUCUCAUUAGUUUGACAUUAUUUAAAUAAUUUAUAUUGUAAAAUUUGUUCAUUAUUGAUUGCAAGUCCUUUACUAAUCCAUUGGGUGUUUGCAUUUGAUGAGGUAAUAUUUGAUUAUAGAAAAUAAACAAAAUUACUAGUUGUAAGGUAAUUGGAAAUGAUAUAUGCAUUUCUAGCACAAAUUAACUAUUAACUAGACAUCUUUAAAAUAAUUUUGAAUGAUUUAACUUAUACUAUUAAUUAAUUUUGUCACCAGUUAGUGUUCAACCAUAUUAACCAGUUAACUACUGUAGUAUUUAGUUGAGUGGGGAAACAAAUUGUUAGUGAUUCAUGACAACACUUUACUAUGAAAAGUCAAGUUAAAAAUCUAGCUGAGACUUGUAUUAGACAAAGUCAACCAAAACGUGAUAAUCAAUGUAAUCAAUGAAGUUACCUUCACUGGUUACGUCUUCGUAUGUACUAUAGUACAUUUAUUUCACUUUCGUUUCUAGUAAUUUUCCAUUGUAACUACAUGUAGGUAAUUCAAAUCUAGGCUAAUUAAUUGAUAGAAUCGUUUAUAUCAAAGUCAGGUUCUGGUCAGUAACUUCUAAUCAAAUGUUAAGACUCGAUAUUUUAUCAUUGUGUGUAGAGUUUAUAGUUAAUUUCACUGUGUAUCGAGAUCUCUGUGAGUUGUAAACCUGAAGUUGAUUUCAGAUUGUAAUCCGUUAUGUUAAAGCUCAAUUUUUCCUAGAUGGAUGAGUUUUUUCUGUGGAUUAGGUUAGUGAGUGAUGUACCUAGUCUCCAACUAAGAUUUGCCUUACACAUUCCUAGUUCUGCAUGUUAUACUGUACGGUCUUGCUGACUGCUGACCCAAACUGGCCAGUCUACGUAGGAUAUCGUGCCUUAACAGUGUAAGCCCUUAGUCUUCAGUUUCAUACAACUCCUAGUUACGAUCUGAUUAGUUUCCACGAUAGGGAUUUUUGAUGAAAGUUAAAGUUUUGCAGGGUAAAUUUACAACAGUGUGACACCAAAAACAGAAUUUAAUAUUAUUCUUGUUAAUUAAUAAAUUUUGUACCACACUUUCAAUCCCAUAUUCUCUUGUUUGUGACAUUUGCAAUCAAGUGCUUCUUCAGCUGUAGAAAAGUAAUGGUAAUCAUAACUUUACAUUCUCAUUGUUCUAGUUUUAGGCUGGUAUUAUAUAAAUGAGCUUUUCCUCAUUAUUCUCUUGAUUAGUAAAUAUGGUAAUGAAUGUAGAUCUAAUUCCUUAACUGCUUCAGAAUUAUUAACGUGUUUUUAAUGUUGUCCAUGGUGUAGUUCCCUGGACAAUCAUGGCAUCCCCCGUAUGGUGAAAUUUAUGAUUUUGACCUUCUGUUAUUAAAGUAUUUUAACACAUGUCAAAAAAAACAUUUACUAUGCUAUUAUUAAACAGCAAUUGGAGAUGUUGCACUGCAAUAUUAUGCUGUUUCUAAGUAAAUAUGUUUACGUAUUAUCAGUAAAAUUAUUAUGAUUUAUAUAUAUAUUUACCAAGUUACCCUUAAGUUACGGCAUUUGAGUAAGUUUAUAUGUGUAAAAAACUAAUAUUGAGAACUUAAAUUGUUUAAAAUUUGACACCAUAGAAUUUUGGUAUUUCGUUAAUAAUUUUUGAGUUUGUAACGGAAAAAAAAAAACUGCGGUUAGAGAUACCUCUAGUUGUGAACAAUGUGGUUUUGGUGUGGAUACAUAGUGUCCACCAAAGUGAAUUACGUAGCAUAGUGCUCCUAUUAUAGGAAAUCAUCACUAGAAAACAGUAAAUGUCCUUUUGAAUGGCAUAAACAAGCAAUAACCCGCUUUGUGUUAGAGUAGCAAUGAUAGCCAUACACAAUGGAAACUUAUACACAUGAUAACUAGCCGGAUUGCUUAGCAGUUAAGGGGUUAAAAAUUAUUUCAUAAUCAGUUGGUGCAUACUUAUUUAAAUCUUCUUCAUCAAAUGAUUUGACAAAUAAUUUAACAUUUUACUAGUACUUUUACUACAUUAUAUUUGAGCAAUUUUAUAUAAUAUUAACACAUUUCUAAAAUUUUCCAACCUUUUAACUGAAAAUAUAUUUAAGUUUUAUUAAAUUUAUUCAAAGCAUUUUAGCCUUUGGAACAAUAUUUUUUGAACUAUGGAAGCCUUUGUGAAUAAUUAAAAUCAUCUCAAAUCUUAGCACUAGUUAGGGUCAGUUGUCUGCAAUGUAAAAUUAUAUUAUCAUUUCACUCAAAGAUUUUAGGAGUUUAUUAGUAAUAAUUGUGAUGUUUGUAUACUCAAAUAAUAGAUCUCUCUGUUCUAGUCAUUUAGUAUACACUUUUUUAUAUAUUUUUACUUUUUAUGUUUUUAUUUAUUGUUGUUUUGUAUUUAAGGUUUGUGACUAUUAGUUUUAUUUUUGUAAGUUUACGUAUAAUUUAUUGAUUUUAAAGAGCUAAUAAAUGUUACUUGAUGAAAGA